AGCCGCCGCGGGGCGGGAGGCGGCCAUGUCGCUAUUGUCUGCGCUGGUGCCCUUGCUCCGGGUGUACUGCAUCGGCCUCCUCGUCAUCCUGCACCAGCUGCGCCGCCACCUCCGCCCGCGCUGCCCCCCGGCCCCAGGUACUCAUUAAUGAGUGAAGGAUCAAAAGGUGGGACGGUGGCCAAGAAGCAAUGGAGAAUAAAAGUUUAGAAGGUUCCCCAUCAGACCUAAAGUUAGUGGCUCACCCGAGAGCAAAGAGUAAAGUGUGGAAGUACUUUGGGUUUGAUACCAAUGCAGAAGGAUGCAUAUUACAGUGGAAGAAGAUCUACUGCCGUAUUUGCAUGGCACAGAUCGCCUAUUCAGGAAACACGUCCAACCUUUCCUACCACCUUGAGAAAAAUCACCCUGACGAAUUCUGUGAAUUUGUGAAAAGUAACACUGAGCAAAUGAGAGAAGCCUUUGCCACCGCAUUUUCCAAAAUCAAGCCAGAGUCAUCGCAGCAGGUUGUUCAGGAUAGCCUCAUCAUGAAGACCUACCAGAACUACGAAAACAAAAAGCAUCAGGAACUCACAUCUGCAGUCAUCAGCUUAAUUUGUGAGGGAAUGUAUCCGGCCUCUAUCGUUGAUGAACCCACCUUCAAGGCCCUCUUGAGAACAGCGGACCCCAGGUAUGAACUUCCGAGCCGGAAGUACUUCUGUACAAAAGCUAUUCCCGAAAAGUACAAUGCUAUUAGAGAAAUUGUGCUGAAAGAGCUCACAGAGGUUCUGUGGUGUGGCAUAUCCACGGACAUGUGGAGGAGUGAAAACCAGAACAGGUCGUAUGUAACCGUGGCAGUUCACUUUCUCAGCAGCAGUCCUGCCAACUGCCUGGCGGUGAACUCGCGGUGUUUAAAAACGUUUGAAGUACCGGAGGAUAAUACUGCAGAGACUAUUACGCGAGUCCUUUAUGAAACAUUCAUUGAGUGGGGGAUCAAUACAAAAGUCUUUGGUGCUACAACAGAUUACAGUAAAGACAUUGUGAAAGCUUGCUCUCUCCUAGAUAUUCCCGUACAGAUGCCUUGUUUGGGGCACACUUUUAACGCAGGAAUACAACAAGCUUUUCAGCUCCCUAAACUCUGCAGCCUUCUUGCCAGGUGCCGAAAACUGGUGGAGUAUUUUCAGCAGUCUACGGUCGCGAUGUACAUGCUGAGCGAGAAGCAGAAGCAGCAGAAUAUUCUCCACUGCAUGCUGGUAAGCGACCGUGUUUCCUGGUGGGGAAGCACGCUCGCUAUGCUGCAGCGCCUCAAGGAGCAGCAGUUUGUCAUUGCAGCUGUUCUUGUGGAGGACAGCAACAACCACCACCUCAUGCUGGAAGCCAGUGAGUGGAAUACAAUCGAAGGGCUGGUGGAGCUGCUGCAGCCUUUCAAGCAGGUUGCAGAGAUGAUGUCUGCUUCAAAGUACCCGACGAUAAGUAUGGUGAAGCCACUUCUCCACAUGCUUCUGAAUACUACCCUGAACAUCAAAGAGAACGAUUUGAAAGAAAUCAGCAUGGCAAAGGAGGUGAUUGCUAAAGAGUUGUCAACCACCUACCAGCACACGCCUGAGAUAGACAUGUUUCUCAACGUUGCAACUUUCUUGGAUCCCCGCUACAAAAAACUGCCUUUUCUUUCAGCCUUUGAGCGGCAGCAGGUUGAAAACAGAGUGGUGGAAGAAGCAAAAAGCCUGCUGGAGAAAGUAAAAGAAAAUACUUUUAGGACUGAAGAGAAAUUCUUCACUGUUUCAGAAGAACCCCCUGUGAAAAAAAUCAUCAUCUCCUCUACUCCUCCUCCUACCAGUGUCAUCAACAACAUGCUCGCAGAGAUCUUUUGCCAGACGGGAGGUGUGGAAGACCAAGAGGAAUGGCACGCUCAGAUCGUUGAGGAGUUGAGCAACUUCAAGUCACAAAAGGUCCUCGGUUUGAACGAAGACCCGCUGAAGUGGUGGUCUGACAGACUAGCGCUGUUCCCAGUUUUACCAAAGGUUCUUCAAAAAUACUGGUGUAUUUUGGCCACAAGGGUCUUCCCUGAACGCCUUUUCGGUUCUUCUGCUAAUGUUGUAAGUGCAAAGAGAAACCGGUUAGCCCCAGCUCAUGUGGAUGAGCAGAUCUUUUUGUACGAAAACAGUCGGAAUGGGUCCGAGGCAGAACCGGAGGACGAAGACGAAGGAGAGUGGGGUUUGGAACAGGAACAGAUUUUUAAUUUAAAUGACUCGGUAAAUGUAAACAACAAUUUCUUUAAUAUCCGAGACAGUGGGUUUGUUUAACAGGACUGCUGUGGUACAUUUAAUAACAAAGAAAAAAAGGUGUUUGUCUUAAGUUACCAAAAAUACUUCUGUUUUAUGCUAUGAAUGCUGUAAAUAUUGAACAGUUGUAACAAACUUGAUUUAGCUUCCAUUGUCUAUGUUUUUCCCACUGUCUUAAAACAUGAAUGACUUGUGAUUAAACAGCACUGAAAUGAAUGAGGAAAUAAAUUCUACAAAGACCGUGAUUUCUGACUGUGGCCCAGAUUUCAGAAAGCACUUAGCCAUGUGUUUCCUUUCCACUUGCUUCAGUGGGAGACAAACACAUGCUUAUGUGCUUUCUAUCAUAAAAGAUAUUUUCCUGAAUUAGGACCCUGAGAAAGGGUGUUUUUGAGAUUUAUGCCUCCAUUUGUAAAUCCUGUGUGACUCAGGAUGUUAGCUUUAAAUUCUGGAUUUUAAAACGUAAUUUUUAAAAUCCAUAAAUCCGAGCAGUGAAUAUUUUUAGAGUAUAUCGAUGCUAUGGAAUGGAAAAAGAUCUUGAGCCUGAUUUUCUUUUUCACUACCUCAUGUCUUAGGCUUGAUCUAUGCUAGAAAAGUUCACCUGGUAUAAUUCUGUCAGUUAGGGGACUGAUGUAUUAUUAUUUGAACUGAUACUGUGCUGGUGUAGGCUGUAGUGUGGAUGCACUUAGAUAAGUUAUGUUCCUUUCCAGUGUGGUGUAAAUGGUAUAAACACUUCUAAACUGGU